CAAUUCAUUACAGGCCAAAUAACCAUUGUUAUUUUUAGAAAGAGAGGGACGACGACGAUGACGAUAAGUGUGGAGGAAAUGAGAUGAAAUGAGGGGCGGUGCGAUGAAGUGUAGAGAUGUAAAAGAUAAACCGCGAGUGGAAGGAGCUCGUGUCACAACAAAAGGCUGAUGUGGCUGAAGACAAAGUCGCAGCACGAGCGGGGCGGGAGUGCACUUGAACAUCCGGCCGUGAUCCACACAGGUCGCUCUCAAACAAGGAGAAGAAGAAGAUCCAGCAUCACAGGACGUGUGAGGGUCAGAGUGUUGGUCCAGAAGAAGAAGACGUGGUGACACUGAACAGUCUGACUAUGACAAGUGCGCGCCUGUGCGUCUGUCUUCCUCUGCUGCUGCUGCUGCUGCUGCUGCUGCGUUGCGCCCACAGCCAGAGGGGCGGCGCCGCUCUCUCCAAACUGGACGAAGACACACAGAGGGAGGUGCUGGCCGUCGACAUCCUCAACCGCAGCGGCGUGUUGAACUCGCAUCACGCGGUGCUCCGGCGGGCGCGCACCCAGCGUCCGGCCUCCCCGGUGCCAAAGAGAGCCCAGCAGGGUUCCCGCUUUGCCUUGUCCCUCGAUGUCCCCACGAGCAUCCUCAGUGUCCUCAUAGACCUGGCCAAGAACCAGGACAUGAGGACCAAGGCUGCAGCAAACGCAGAACUCAUGGCACGAAUAGGCAAGCGGAAAUGAUCGGGCCUGUGUAGGAGCACAUUUUGGGGGCUUGAAGGAAAAGAAAAUCUCACCUUGCAGUGGAGUUAACACGAUGUGGCACCAGGUAACUGGUCAGGGUAGAAAACAGUCAGUAUCUGCCCGUUAGAGAUUAGAUCUGCUUUACUUUCAUACUUGUUUUAAGUCAUUUAUCAUGUUAGCUCAUGUUAUCCACGUGGACUGAGCAUCGCACAAAAGGACACCGUGGACGAGUAGAUGAAGCAGGUCUUUCGUCUCAAUGAUGAUUCACCUGUGGCUCAGAAACUCUGAUCAGGUUCUGGAAUCUGCUUCUUGUUGUUUGCAUGUUGUAAUCUUGAUUUCAAAGAGAAAUAAAACUCCACGUCA